AUGAGUGCUCCCACUCGCGUCUUUCACCAUGGGGCGAAACCCAUCUCCCUGGCGGAGUUUCGGGAUGCUGUCGAAGCAGUGUGUCCUCCGCGCUUCCCAGCCGCUCGGUUUGCUCGAUCACGGCGAGUUGCUCUCGCCAUCAGUGGUGGGGUUGACUCCAUGGCCAUGGCCUUUCUUUUCUCUAGCCUCUUGAAGACUUAUCGCGGCAUGAAAAUAGCCGAUAAUCCAACUGAGAGUGCUUUUGGAGUCAUUAUCGACCAUAAAUUACGGCCCGAGAGCGCACAUGAAGCUGCCAGGGUGGCACAAGAGCUGAAGAAGCUUGGUCUCAAAUCAAUCGUAAAGCAGCUGAAUUGGAAAGACUUCAUUCGAAACGGCCAAGACCCAAACAGCCUAUCUAACCUCGAGAGCGUUGCGCGCACAAUGCGAUAUCGCAUGCUUGGUUCGACUUGUCACUAUCUCCAUGCCACGAGCUUAUUCUUUGCUCACCAUCGAGACGACCAAUACGAGACUGUCCUUAUGCGCUGCAUGAGUGGACACCAGUAUCGUGGCCACCAAGGAAUACGCGAAGCAAAUGCCAUUCCGGAAUGUUAUGAUUUGUAUGGUGUCUAUAAAAGCGGAUUAUUGGAUGACCAGACUUCGCGGCAACCCUAUCUAAGCUUCAAACCGCCGAACAAGGAAAUGAGGCGACUGAGAUGGAGAAUGAAGGAUGAUUUCGAGACAGAGCCCUGGGACCGUCCAAAGGGCCAUCUCGGUAUUAAUGACCUGUCAGCACACUUUCCUGGACAUAUCACGCGGGACCUGGACCCCCGUGUGCCGUACCUGACCCCAUUGAACUGCGAAGAUGGCGGCAUCAUGAUUUACCGACCACUGUUGGAAUUUAGCAAGGACAGACUUAUUGCCACGUGCGAGGCCAACAAUGUUGAGUGGUUUGAGGACCCAACCAAUGCAGAUGCGACUCUAACACAGCGAAAUGCCAUUCGCCACAUGGACCGCAGUCAACUGCCACCAGAGCUGCAGAAAGAGGCCGUACUCGACAUGUCACGGGAAGCCAAGCGCCGUACGAGACUGGAAGAAGCAGAGGCACGCCGCUGGUUGCAGCGUGAAGCCGUGAUUCAGGAUUUUGACCCCAAUGCCGGGACCCUGCUCAUUGAACUCCCAUCGUUUCAGUCAAAAGCUACUCGCUGGAGACGGCUAUUUGCCAAGGCAAGGGAUGAAGCCCGUCAACCCCAUCAACGAUUGAUAGCGGCCAUAGCCAUCCGCAAAUUGAUCGAAUUCGUCACACCAGACGUCAAUGUUCCCCCGGUGGCAAACCUGGAUAACGUCAUUGACAGACUUUUCCCGGAGUUGGCUCCAAAACUGGACUCAUCACCACCCAAGGCAUUUACCAUUGCCGGUGUUGUCUUUGAUCCAAUUGUGAGCCCGGUGUCUAUCAAAUGGUUCUUAUCGCGCGCUCCUUAUUCAUCCACAAAACCUCUACCUGAAAGAAAACUUCCAGGGCAUUUGAGGUAUCGUAUUCCAUCUGUCGGCGAACCAGACGAGAAACCCAGUCGCAAUUACCAUUGGCGUACUUGGAAGACCCUCAAACUUUGGGAUGGAAGGUACUGGAUUCGCGUGAGUGCUUGCGUACCCGCACGAUUUCACCUUCUACCACUCCUACCACAGCACGCAAAACCCUUUAGAAAGGCACUGCCACCGAAGCAACGCGCACGACUGGAGCAGAUUCUCAAGUAUUAUGCUCCAGGGAAGGUUCGGUAUUCUCUGCCAGCGCUGUACAGCGUUGAAGCACCACGCGGAGAGGACGACGCUGGUCGAAUCUUGACGCUGCUUGCACUGCCUACUCUGGGAAUCCAUGUACCAGGCCUUGAGCGAUGGGUUAAAUAUGAAGCAAGGUAUAGAUGGAUUGAUGCAUCACUGCUAGGGCUGAAGAGACGGGGGACGCAAGCUCCAGUGUUGGGGUAUCAUCACACUUGGACGAGAUCAAGGAGAAUACGUAGACACAGGGCAGAGGAAUGUAAGAUCAGGAGGGCUCAUGGUGCCAUGUAG